AAUAUAUAUAUAUAUAUAUAAAAAUGAUUUUCAAAUCCAAUUUUCCUGAUAUUGAUAUUAAAAAAAUCGGAAUUUAUCAAUUUAUUACUAGUAAUCUUCAUGGAAUUAAAGACGAUGAAAUUAUUUUUAUUAAUGGUAUAAUCGAUAAAAAAUUAACAUUCGGUCAACUUAAAGCUAAUUCAAAGAAAUUGGCAUUUGGAUUGAUAAAUAAAAUCGGAUUUAAACGUGGAGAUGUUUUGGCAAUAUGUUCUCAUAAUCAUAUCGAUUAUCCGGUAGUUAUCUUUGGUGCAAUUGCAGCUGGAGGAAUAGUAACAACGGUCAAUCCAAAUAAUACAUCUAAAGAAUUUGCCUCUCAAUUAAAAGAUUGUGGUGCAUCUGUUAUUAUAUGUCAUCCUGAUUAUCUUAAAAAAGCUAUCAAGGCCGCAGAAAUAGCAAAUAUUCAUGAAUCCAAAAUAUUUUUAUUCGACGAAAAUGAAAUCAAUGGUUUUCUACCUUUCUUAUCCUUACUUUCUGAUCAAGAAAUUAAUCCAGUAGAAUAUACACCGGAAGAAGUAAAAUCAACUACAGCAUAUUUAUGUUAUAGUUCUGGUACUACAGGGAAGAGUAAAGGAAUUGAAAUCACACAUUCUAAUAUGGUUUCAAAUUUAACACAAAUAAAUGAUUUUGAAGACCAAAUAAAUCAUGAAAAUAUUUUUAUGGGAUCUCACGAUUUUUUCCAUAUAUACGGAUUAACCUUUCUUAUACACUUUAUUAUUAUUAAGGGAGCUUCAUGUGUUAUCCUUUGCAAAUUGGAAUUUGAAUUGGAAUCAUUUUGUCGUAUAAUUCAACAUUAUAAAGUAAAUAUAGCUCCAAUUGUUCCUCCUAUAAUUUUGCUCUUAGUUAAUAAGAUCAGUUUAAUAAAAGAGAGAAAAUAUGAUCUAUCAAGUUUAAAAUUAAUUAUAAGUUCUUCUGCUCCUUUUAGUGGAGAUUUAUGUAAAGAAUUUGUUGAAACUUAUAACGUUCCAAUCAAGCAAGCAUAUGGCUUAACUGAAACAUCUCCAUUUGCAACUGCGAUGAAAACUCAUGAAAUUGUCGAUGGCUCGAUUGGAGUUCUCAUUCCAAACAUGGAAUGUAAGGUAAUUUCAGAAGAUAAUAAAGAACUUGGAUAUAAUGAAUCUGGUGAAUUUUGUUUUCGAGGACCAAAUAUUAUGAAGGGUUAUCUUAACAAUAAAGAAGCUACGAAAGCGUGUAUUGAUAGUGAUGGUUGGUUCCAUACUGGAGAUUUUGGAUAUGUUGAUCCUCAAGGAAACUUUUUUAUUGUUGAUCGCUUCAAUGAAUUAAUUAAAUAUAAGGAAUUUCAAAUUAUUCCUUCUGAACUUGAAUCAAUUUUGCUUACUCACUCAUCAAUUAAUGAUUCCGCCGUAAUUGGUAUAUAUUCUGAUGAACAACAAACUGAAUAUCCGUUAGCAUAUGUAGAAUUGAAACCAGAUAAAAUUCAAUCUGAUCAGUUAAAAGAAGAAAUUAAGGAUUUUGUCUCUCAAAAAGUUGCUCCAUAUAAAAAAUUGCAUUGUGUUCAUUUUAUCGAUAAAAUUCCAAAGAGUUCUACUGGUAAAACUUUAAGAAGAUCAUUAAGAGCUAAAAAUGAAUGUGUUAAGCAAUGUUUAUUGUAACAUUAGUUGUAAAGGUUUCUAAUUUAUAUUUUUAAAUUCAGUAGUAUUUCAUUUAUGAUUGAUUAUUAUUAUAUUUAAAAUCAUUAAUAAAAUCACUAUUCCAUCCAUUACCAAUG